AUGCGUGAACUCCUCGUGCCCUCACAGGGGUAUCGCACCCUUCAAGAGCAUCCGCCGGAAGAUGACAAGGACAUGAUGAGCGACCUGGAACAGACAUCUCUCAUGAAAUCAGACUCUAUAGAGGACAUAGAGGACACAAAGGCCAGCUUACGUAGCUCACCUGCUUUUCGAAGGCUGUUGUUAUUCGCCGGCAUGCUCGCCUUAAUCGCUUGCACAGCCAUCGUCUUCGCUUCUGUCGUGCCCUUCAACGGCAUCGUUAGCAAAAGGAAAUGGGAUCUACCUCCCCCAGAAACGCAUGUCACGGGCGUUUCAAAGUUCAACGACCGCCCGCAUCCCUGCGGCAACUCAUCUGCUGAAGCGCGGGCGCUGGGCUGCCGGUUCAACCAACUGACAUGGGCCUGGCUGCCCCCAAACUGCCCCAUGUACGCCAACGACCAAUUCGUGCAAGCGGAAAAAUGGGUGUAUUGGGAAGACCUCGACCAGACAAAGCCGGUCGAUGACGACGUGUGGGAGGAGGUGCUCGACGGGGAUCGAAAAAUAUUCGCCGAGCUGAGAGAGCAUGCGACACAUUGUGUAUAUCUUUUCCUGAGUCUGUCUCAGGUGAUUCGUGACGGCACACCGUACUACGAUAAGAUGGUGGAGUACAGGCACCACGAGCAUUGCGCCAACAUGCUUACUGGGUUGCUGAGGAAGUUGCCGGAAUGGCACGAAUUGAACACGUUGGCAGGGACGGUGUCGUUCGACCAGUAUUGCCCGUAG